CAACGAGCGCGGUGGCGACAGGCGGCGUCGUGACAGCAGAAAACGCGGCGAGUGCCGCCCUGCCUAACGAAGUGCCGCGCGUGCAGCGCCACCGCAAGCUCCCGUCGGUAUCCGUUUCCUCAUGCCAAGACGCGAUCGCGCGGAGAAUGCAAAUCCGCAACUCAUACUACAACAUGGGUGACAUGGACCUGUAUAGGCAGUGCGUGGACUCAAUCAACGCAUGGGGUCCGGGUUGCUCUGGCCAGGCGCCACCG